CCGGUACACGGCUAGCAAUGUAGCAUCUAUCGUUUUCUCAUAUCACUGUGGUGGCAGUAUUUAAGUGGUCUGCAUUAUACUCUCCCUUCACUAUUAUGAUGGCUGGCAGAAUUCCUGAGUCGACACGGGCACUAGUCAUUAAGAAGUGCUCCGCGGAAGCAAAACCUGUCUAUCAUGAUGCUGUCCUGGAGACACGUCCACUGCAGCAACUAAAACAAGGAGAAAUCCUUGUGAAAAUGGGAGCUGUAUCGUUCAACCAUCGAGACCUUUGGAUGCGCCUUGGUCAAUACCCAGGAAUCAACUUUGGAAGCACCUUCGGUGCUGAUGGAGCAGGCACGGUAGUUGCAUCGGCAGAUUUAAAUGAUGCACUCCUGAACAAACGCGUCUUCCUGACACCCAUGCGAGGUUGGGAAAGCAAGCAGAUGCGCCAGAAACAGAGUGGUUUCGGAAUCCUUGGAGGUGGACGCAACCCUCCGUUAGGAACGUUUGCCGAAUACGUUGUGGUGGAGAGAAAUCAGGUUAUUCGUUCUCCAGAUCAUCUUGAUGACGUUCAAGUCUCGGCUUGGCCUCUUGGUGGCCUAACUGCUUGGAGGGCCGCGAUUGUCAAUGCUGAAGCAUCGAAAGACCAAAAUAUUCUUAUUACCGGAAUCGGUGGAGGAGUGGCGCUUCUUGCCAUGCAACUAUGUCUAGCCAAAGGCGCUAAUGUCUAUGUUACGAGUGGUAGCGAGGAAAAAAUCCGAAAAGCAGCUGCUCUUGGAGCCAAGGGCGGAGUGAACUACAAAUUAAAGGAUUGGUCAUCGCAUCUUGCUGCCCUUCUGGCGAAAAACAGCGGAAAAUCUGCAAAGAUUGAUGCAGUUAUUGACUCCGGCGGCGGAGAUAUCAUGACACAAGUGAACAGCAUCUUAAAACUGGGCGGCAAAGUCGUAGUCUAUGGGAUGACCGCAAAUCCCCAAAUCAAGUUCACCAUGCGAGAAGUGCUCAAGAAUCAACGGCUUAUCGGUUCGACGAUGGGCUCCCUCAAGGAUCUCACAGACGCAACAACGUUUGUGUCAGAGCAUCGCAUUGUCCCAGUGGUAUCCCAUGUCCUCGAGGGACUUGAAGCUGCAGAAGAAGGCUUCGAGCUCAUGAAGCGCGGGGAUCAGUUUGGAAAAAUUGUCGUUCGGAUUUUUGACAAGGUCAAUGCCAAGUUAUGAUGAUAUUGAUCGGAUCUGUCAAUCGCAAGUCCACAUUGCCCUAUUCAGACAACUCUACGUCUCGAUCUCGUUUCUGUAACAUAGUCUUAACUUUGUCGAGAUGUGCGUAGUCCAACAUCAAACUUGAAUGGUAUACUUUUCUACUUUUAUCUGAACUAGCAUUUUCGGUUCUUACCUUUUGUACAUAUCUCUUAUGCGUGCGCCCCAGUUCUGCGUCCCGUCAAUUACUUGAUGUAAAUAUUAAUGCGGUUUUGGAUCAA